AUGGUUGGUGCCAUGUGGAAGGUGACUGCUUCAUUGAUCCUGUUUAUGGUCAGCCCUGGUGAUGGGCUGUUUCGCUCCAUGUACCGAAGUGCCUAUGUUUCCAGACCAUUCAAGGGAAAUGUGGGACAGCCUCUGUUUCUUAGCCCUUACAUCAAAGCAGGGAAGAUCAAGGAGGGGCAAAGGAAGAGCAUGGUCAGUCCUUUCCCUGGAAUGCACCUGAAGAGCUAUGCCGGCUACAUCACGGUGAACAAGAUUUACAACAGCAACCUCUUCUUCUGGUUCUUUCCAGCUCAGGUACAACCUGAGGAAGCCCCGGUGGUCCUGUGGCUUCAGGGUGGUCCUGGUGGUUCAUCCAUGUUUGGACUCUUUGUAGAACAUGGGCCUUAUGUUAUCACAAGCAACAUGACUGUUCGCGCCAGAGACUUCCCUUGGACCACUACCUUUUCCAUGCUUUAUGUUGAUAAUCCGGUGGGCACGGGCUUCAGCUUCACUGACAGUGUCCAGGGAUACUCCACCAAUGAGGAUGACAUAGCCCAAAACUUGUACAGCGCGCUGAUUCAGUUCUUCCAGUUGUUCCCCGAGUAUGCGAAGAAUGACUUUUACGUCACGGGGGAGUCUUACGCAGGAAAAUACGUGCCGGCCAUAGCACACUACAUCCAUUCCCUCAACCCCGUGAGGCCGUUCAAGAUCCACCUGAAAGGGAUUGCUAUUGGAGAUGCGUACUCUGACCCGGAGUCGAUUAUAAGAGGGUAUGCAGAGUUCCUAUACGAAAUUGGCUUGUUGGAUGAGCAGCAGAGAAGGCACUUCCAGAAGCAGUGUAGCAAGUGCAUUGACUACAUCAAAGACCAGCAGUGGAUGGAGGCCUUUGAAAUCCUGGAUAAGCUGCUGGACGGAGACUUAACAAGUGAUCCAUCUUACUUCCAGAAUGUGACAGGAUGCACCAAUUACUACAACAUUUUACAGUGCACGGAACCUGAGGACCACAGUUACUAUGGGAAAUUCUUGUCACUCCCACAAGUGAGAGAAGCCAUCCAUGUGGGAAACCAGACCUUCAGCAAUGGUGCUGAGGUUGAGAAGUACCUGCGAGAGGACACAGUGCAGUCGGUGAAGCCCUGGCUAGCUGAGAUCAUGAGUCACUACAAGGUUCUGCUGUACAACGGUCAACUGGACAUCAUCGUGGCAGCAGUCCUGACAGAGCGCUCCUUGAUGACCAUGGACUGGCCUGGGUCAUGGGAAUACAAAAAGGCGCAGAGGAAGGUUUGGAAGAUGUUCAAAACCGACAAAGAAGUGGCUGGCUACGUGCGGAACGUGGGCAAAUUCCACCAGGUAAUUGUCCGAGGUGGAGGACACAUUGUGCCCUAUGACCAGCCGCUGAGAACUUUUGAUAUGAUAAAUCGAUUUAUCUACGACAGAGGAUGGGAACCUUACAACUCAUAA